UUAUCAUUAGAAGUCAAUCGCAAGUAUGUCCACAGCUUGUGACUCCAUGGAUCCCUUCCGGCGUCGACUCGCCUUCUUUGUUUCGUGUUAUUUAGUCCCUAAUUCCGAUUGUCUUGCUGGCGCCGAAAAAUUGUAUAAAAGAUGUUGACCUCAUCUCCCAGCGUUGACCUUACCUCGCCUGAAAACAAUGGUGUUGGGCUCUCCGACUCCACUUUGUCACAGCACCGUCGAAAGAUGCUUGACCUCAUCAAUCGCCUCCACACGACAGGUGUACAGACGGACAUGGACCUGCCCAUGAUCGCAGUCAUUGGCUCGCAGAGUGCAGGCAAAUCAUCUCUUAUCGAAUCUAUUUCUGGUAUCACACUCCCUCGCUCAGCUGGAACGUGCACCAGAUGUCCAACCGAAUGUAAACUUUCACGCUCGGAAGACGCCUGGAAGUGUCUCGUCAAACUUCACAUUACCACCGGCCCGUCGGGUCAACCCUGUGAUGUGGCCACCAUUUCUUUUGGAUCGCCCAUCACCGAUAAGGCGGACGUAGAAGAUCGAAUCAGGCGUGCUCAAAGGGCAAUUCUCAAUCCCAGUAUCAAUGAACAAAAGUUUUUGUACGAGCUAGAAGAUCAGACCGCUGAGCAAGCUGAGUUAUCAUUUUCUAAAAAUUGUGUCUCUCUGGAGAUAAGUGGGAAGGAUGUGGCGGAUCUUUCAUUCGUGGACCUUCCUGGACUCAUCGCGAGCGUCGGGAGUACAGGAAAGACCGGGGAUAUUGAUCUCGUCAAGGGUUUGGUGACAUCUUACAUCGAGAAGCCCAGUUGUGUCAUUCUUCUGACGGUUACUUGUGAAACCGACUUUGAGAAUCAAGGCGCACAUCACUUGACGAAGCAAUUUGACCCAGAGGGCAAACGCACUGUUGGCGUGCUCACAAAGCCGGACCGCAUUCCUCCUGGUGAAGAGAGCGCAUGGCUAAAAUUCAUCCGAAACGAGCAGGAGCCGCUCGUGAACCACUGGUACUGUGUCAAGCAGCCUGGGUCUCAGUUGCUCAAAGACGGGAUCUCCUGGGCCGAAGCAAGGAAGCAAGAAAAUGACUUCUUUACUUUGACACAGCCCUGGUCAACCGUAGAGCCACAGUAUCAGAAGUUUAUGAGAACGAGCAACCUGACGGAGAGGCUGAGCACGAUUCUGUCCGAACUCAUCGCGAAAAGGCUUCCAGAUAUCCACAAGGAAUUAUACAAUAUUUUGCGCAAGACUCAAGAUGAAAUGAGACAGCUUCCGAAGGCACCGUCGACCGAUCCCGUGGGUGAGGUUUGGAAUAUAAUCGGUCAAUUUUCGAAGCAGUUAUUUCAACGACUCGAGGGGACGCCUGAUAAAGACGGAAUAUUGCAAACCAUUCGACCACACCAACAGGCAUUCAAACGUGCUGUAAGAUCAACAGCCCCGCAAUUUGUUCCAUGGGGAAAGGGUGACGCCCGUCAACUGCCUGUGGUAGAUUUCCUGACGAACGAGGAGGAUGAACCACAGGGGCCGCAAGGAAUGGUCCCUUCCGCGCCCAGUCCGAGGUCGCCCACGCCGCAGUCGGAGGAAAUUUACAUUGAAGAUGUUCUCAAUCAUGCCCAGAGGGCUCGUACUCGCGAACUUCCCGACAACUAUCCUUUCAUCGUACAACAGACAUAUAUCAAGGAGUUUACUGAGAAAUGGGAGACACCAUCGCAAAUACUUUUCGACAAAGUGUAUGACAUUUUAAAGAACGACCUGAGCGUUCUAGUCAACGAGCAUUUUGGGAAAAUGGGAAGGGGCGGCGCACUUCACAGCGUGUUGAUGAUAGUGAACGAGCACCUUGACAACGCUGCACAGCAAGCAAAGGAAAAGAUCAGUUGGCUCUUGGAACUCGAGAAGGCACCGACGACUUUAAACGUGCACUAUUACGCUGACUACAAGACCAAAUUCCUCGGAUAUUACAAGGGUUGCCGAGAUGUCGGAGAGCUUACCACAAAGCUGCAGAACUAUCGUGCGCCUAACAACAUUCAGCCCCACCCAAACCAUGGGCAAGCGUUCCAACAAGCCGUCUACAAGGCUCUUGCUGGACUGACCGAAGCUGGCCUUUCCGUGCAGGCCAGUGAUCUUCCAAAGUUGCUGCCCGUGGAUCCAAUGGAGCCUGCCCUUCUAAUCAUGGCGGGGGUAAGGGCGUACUUCCAGGUUGCCUACAAGCGCUUCGCUGACAUGGUUCCGUUGGCCAUUGACUAUGAAAUAGUCCGCGGGCUGCAUAAGGGCAUAGAGCAGGCGCUUCUUGAUGGGUUGAGCUUGACGGGUCCCGAUGCGCACGUGCGGUGUCAGUUGAUGAUCCAGGAGCAUAGCACUGUGUCCUCGCGGCGUAUAGAGCUGCAGAAGAAAUUGGACAGACUUCACGCCGCUAGUGUAGAAUUACGCAAACUCUUUGUAUAGGAAAUAUUUCGAUAAGUAGUUUGAAUGGAUUAUUAGACAAACGUA